AAUCAAAUGUGACGUAAACUGUUUGGCACUUUUGUCAAAAGUUGUAAACAAAUGACCAUGUGAAAAUGUGAAUUGCGAUAAAAAAAUGACGCAUCAGUUGGGACGUGUAGUUUCCCAGAUACUAGUAAGACAUUUUGGUGAAAUAGUUCAGCAAGUUGGUAACGAUUUAUUUAUGUAUGGAAGCAAGCCGAUUGGCAUGAUAAUGAAAAGUACAGGUCUUCCUCGCACACAGGUAAUUGAAAGUCUAAGAACUCUUCUGAAAUUUGAUUUGGCAACUUUUGAAUCUGAUGUCACUGUAGAAUAUAAAUUGAAUUCUGAAAAUAUUUUGUUGCUGAUUAGAUACCCGAGGUAUCUACUGCAGAUGAAGAGUAAAUAUGGCAGUGAAGCGGAGAUGAUAGUCGAGGAACUUCUCCAGCAAGCCUCAUGUACUGCCACUGUGCUGCUAGUGACCGUAAUGAAUAAAUACAAAGAUGACAAGGAAAAAUCCUUGAAUAUAGUCAAACUCAAGGACACAUUUAUCAGUCUAGCCACAGCUGGCUACAUUCAGCAGGCUCCCGUUGCUGAGCUUAAAGAUGGCAGUGAAAUACCCACAUUAGUGCCAGUGGCUACCAUAGUCCCGGACCUUGAUGUAAGGGAUUUGAUCCAGGCUAUGAGCUCCAACUUAGCUGAUUGUAAAGAUAAUACUUAUUGGAAAGUCAACUAUGAUAGGUUUCAUCUGGAUUUCAGAGAUGAUAUGAUGAUAAAGGCAAUCACGAGACGAAUCGAUGAUAAUGCGGGCGAGCUGAUGCGGUUGAUGCUGGAGCAGAUGUACCUGUCGUCGUCUGCGUGGGCGGUGGAGUCCUCCCCCGCGGCCGCCUGCGACCUGCGAGACCUCGCGCUGCGCGUGCAUGACCGUCCCCUGCUGCACGCGCACGUCGACCACUACCUCAAGGUCCUAGAGGAAAACGGAGCUAACUUCAUUCGUCGCGCCGGAGAUGCCGGCGGGGGACAGUACGUGGUGCGAACCCAACGAGCCGCUGAGCAGCUGCUUGAAGCGCUGCUCGACCACACAGUCACGGAGAGACUCGGCUCCAAGGCAGCUAGGAUAUUCCGUUUGAUUAGAUCGAAGAAGUAUAUAGAAGAGGAAGAUAUACAGAAAAAUGCAAUGUUACCGAACAAGGAGUGCAAAGAGCUGACGUACAAGUUACUCGAGGAACAUUUUAUAAGCGUGCAGCCGAUGAGAAAAGCCGCGUCCGCCGGCGGGUCGGCUAAGGCGAUCUAUCUUUAUCACGUGAAGUUAUACGAUGCGGCGCACGCGGCGCGCGAGCUGUGCCUGCGCGCGCUGCACAACGUGUCGCGCGUGUCGAGCGCGACGCGCGCCGCCCACGCCCGCCUGCUGGACAAGCAGCGCCGCGUGCGCUCCAUCGUGCACGGCAUGCGCGUGCGCGGGGAGCCGCAGCAGAACAUCGACGACGUGCUGGAGACGCUGACGCCGCCCGAGCUGUCGGCGGUGUCGGGCGCGGAGCGGCGCCUGCGCGCGCUGUCGGCGGCCGAGCUCGAGCUGGACCGAGCGCUGUUCCUCAUCUCAUGCUACUUCGCCUUCCCGCGGUAACUCCACUUCAGGAGCUCCGACUAAUUAACCUUGCUCGCAGCCCGCUCCGAAAGUCAGUAUUGCUGUGACGUCAGCUGCUCGUUAUACUUCGACUUUCUCUCGGAUCUGUUAUUGCAAUUAUAUAAUUUCGCUCACGACGAAGUUUUCAUAUUACUAUCUUGACUCGUCUCUAUAUAAUUCGAAAAAUGGCUAAUUACUAUUCUAUGUGAUAUUUGAUUAUCAUAUUAUGUACGUACAUUUGUACUAAAAUACUUAGUUAUUAUUAUUAUU